AAAAUUCAGUUAACGCCCGCAGUCUGAACUGGUCGCUUGGACUAGACUAGUUUGAAGUUUCACCAGAACCCCCACCACAACCGCUACAAUGGCUGACAUCUCUAAGGAGAAUUUGAAGAAGGAGAUUGCCGGGAUCCUUAAAGGGGCUGAUUUAGGAAAAACAUCGGCGAAAAAGGUCCGGCAGGAGCUUGAGAAAAAACUUGAUGCCGAUUUGACAAGCAGAAAAAAAGAAAUUGAUGAUAUCGUAAUGCAGUGCCUCAAAGAGUCUGAAGUGAAGAAACCCAAGAAGAACGGCAAAGGCAAAGAGGAUGAUGAAGAAAAUGACCAGGAAGAAGAGGAAGAGGAAGAAGAAGAGGCUGAAGAGAAAGAGGAAGAGGAGGAAGAAGAAGAAGAGGAGGAGGAUGAGGAAGAUGAGGAGAAAAAGAAACCGAAAAGGGCGACACCGAAGAAAGCGGCACCCAAAAGGAAGAAGGGGAGCAGUGAUGAGAGCGAUGAUGCCUCUGAGGACAAAGAGAGUGAUGAAGAGUACUCGCCCAAGAAGAAAGCCAAAGGUGGAAAACCGAAAGGCAAAGCUGCCAAAGGCCGCAAGAAGAAGGGUUCCGACUCGGACAGUGAUGAAGACUGGGGGAAAAACAAGAAAGCUGCUGCAAAAAAGCCAGGUGCUAAAAAAGGCUCAGGCAAGGGCUUCAACAAGCAGUGUACUUUAUCCCCUGAACUUGCAGCCAUUGUCGGGCAAGAACAAAUGGCUAGACAUGAGGUUGUUACUAAAGUCUGGUCUAUUAUUAAAGAAAAGAAUCUUUAUGAUCCUAAAAACAAACAAUUUGCUAUUUGCAAUGAUGAAUUGAUGAAAGUCAUCGGCACAAAACGCUUCCGCCCUUUUGGAAUGAUGAAAUACCUCAAGAGGCAUUUUAUUGACUAGAUCCUCACUUCUUAUCAGUGGGAACCUUCCACAAUUGAAAUUUGCAAAUCUCACAGAUUAAUCAUUUUACAAGUGCAAAUUUUGAAGAAAAUAAAGAAGAAAAACUUUUACAUUUAUA